CCCUCCUGAGCCUCCCAAAGUGCUAGGAUUACAGGCGUGAGCCACCGCUCCCGGCCUCAUCUCACAUCUUUCUACUUCUGCAGCACACGACACGCCCUAGUUGGAAACAAAGUAGGAGUUUGUGGACUGGGGGGAGGGCGGGGUCUAACCUCAGGUCAGGCGCGUUGCAAGGUACAUCUUGGCACCCGGAAGAGACCCAGCACAGUUGCCCCCGACGUGACCCGACCUCCCCUACCAGUUGAGGAGCCCUUGUUGCCAGGCUAGACGCGAGCGGCGGGGAUGCGCUCAUUGGUCAAGGAAGGAGCGCCUGUUACUAGAGGCGAGAACCAGAGCCCAUUGGUCAGAACACCUCACAAUGGACCCCAGCGGCACGCAGAGUCCUUAUGAUUGGUUUGCUGGCUGCCUCGGGAGACCCUGUUGCCUUGAGCCUAGGCUACUUGGCGCUCCCGACCCGACCCCUGUUCCCCAUUGGCUGUCCUGGCAAAAGCCGCCAUCUAAUGAGGAGCGAGGUGCGGGACUCCGGAGCGCGCGCUUCCCGCGGUGCCAUCUAGUCCUACGGGAGGCAUCCCGGGCCCACACCGCGGCCGCCCAAGCCAGUGAAAGUCCCAGGGGCCUGACAUCGCUCCCAGCGCUCGAGGACCGAGGCCUGCUGUGGAGGACACCGUGCUCCCUCGGGACCUGUUUUGGAUUCCGGCCCGGGCGUCCCCUUGGAGCUCUGCAUCUCCAACCUGGAACCCAACCCAGAAGGCUCAAGUUCCACGCAUCACGUGGCGAGCGGAUCCACUGAGGGUCCACAGAGAGGGGCGCCCAUCUCCUGCAUCUCAGUUAGCCCGGUAAUCGUGUAUACACCAAUUGUUCAUUGCCUCAUUAACUUGGUUUUCUGGGUGCACCCACCUUGCCACUAGAGAAGUCCAAAUCCUGACUUCUCUCCAAGGUGUUGGGAAUUCUGUGCCCUAAAGAAUUCCGACUCAGAUCCAAACGGCGAUCUGGUGGAAUUGAGGGUGAAAGGCCAGAGGGACGAUGUUCUACUAUCCCAACGUACUUCAGCGCCACACCGGCUGCUUUGCCACCAUCUGGCUGGCGGCGACGCGCGGCAGCCGGUUGGUGAAGCGCGAAUACCUGAGGGUGAAUGUGGUGAAGACCUGCGAGGAAAUCCUCAAUUAUGUGCUGGUACGAGUGCAACCCCCGCAGCCCGGCCUGCCGCGGCCCCGCUUCUCCCUCUAUCUCUCAGCCCAACUUCAGAUCGGUGUGAUCCGCGUCUAUUCUCAACAAUGCCAGUAUCUCGUGGGUAAGGCUGGGAACCCUCAGAGGUGGGGCGGGCUGAGCAGCUGUCUGCUAAGCUGGCUGUCUACCUCGCCCUCCCUGCCCACAGAGGACAUCCAGCACAUCUUGGAGCGCCUCCACCGUGCCCAGCUGCAGAUCCGAAUAGAUAUGGAGCCUGAGCUACCCAGCCUACUGCUUCCUAACCACCUGGCCAUGAUGGAAACCCUAGAAGAUGCUCCAGAUCCCUUUUUUGGGAUGAUGUCUGUGGAUCCCAGACUUCCUAGUCCUUUCGAUAUCCCUCAGAUUCGACACCUCUUAGAGGCUGCAAUUCCAGAGAGAGUUGAAGAGAUCCCUCCUGAAGUCCCUACAGAGCCCAGGAAGCCAGACAGGAUUCCGGUCACUGUGCUGCCCCCUGAGGCCAUCACGCUCCGGGAGGCAGAGCCCAUACGGAUGCUGCGGAUUGAGGGUGAAGAGGAGCUCCCAGAGGUCAGCCGCCGAGACCUGGACCUGCUGAUCGCAGAGGAAGACGAAGCUAUCUUGUUAGAAAAGCUAAGGGAGGAGCUCCGGGUCCCAGAGGGUGAAAUCGUAGUCCCCCGGCUCUCACCUCCAGCUCCUGCAGAGGUGGAAGGAAUAGCAGAGGCACUUCCAGUCCUGGUCCCUGAGGAGCUGAGGCCGACAGGCUGGGAGCCUGGGGCCCUACUCAUGGAGGUGACCCCCCCAGAGGAACUGCGUCUGCCAGCCCCACCCAGCCCAGAGCGGAGGCGGCCCCCAGUCUUCCCACCUCCUCGCCGCCGUCGUCGCCAGUUACUGUUCUGGGACAAGGAGACUCAGAUCUCCCGGGAGAAAUUCCGGGAACAACUGCAAACCAGAGCCCACUGCUGGGAAUGUCCCAAGGUGCAGCCUCCUGAGAGGACCAUCACAGGCCCUGCAGAGUUGUUCAGAACCCCAACUCUCUUUGGCUGGCUACCCCUUGAACUAAUGGGUCUCUGGACCCGCUGUGCCCAGCCACCCCCAAGAGCACUCAGGCGAGAGCUGCCCGAGGAGGCCGAAGAGGAGGCUGCUGAGGAGGAAAGGAGAAAGGCUGAAGUUCCGAGUGAGAUCGAGGUCCUGAGGGAGGCCCAGGAGCCCAGUGUUCCCCUUAUGGUGUCUUCAGAGCUCUCCCUAGAGGCAGCUGAAGAGGAGAAGACCCGCAUCAGCCUCAUCCCACCAGAAGAACGGUGGGCCUGGGCUGAGGUGGAACAGCCAGAACUUCCUGCAUUGCCCGUGGUGCCUGAACUCCCUGAGGUGCCCAUGGAAAUGCCUUUGGUGCUGCCCCCAGAGCUCGAGCUGCUCUCACUGGAAGCUGUGCACAGGGCAGUGGCACUGGAGCUGCAGGCCAACAGGGAACCUGACUUCAGCAGCCUGGUGUCACCCCUCAGCCCCCGCAGGAUGGCCGCUCGGGUCUUCUACAUGCUCCUGGGUGAGUGUAUGCAUGUGUGUGUGUGUAUGUGGUGCAGGGACACACAGACCAGAGGCCCAUACAGGGACUCCCCCAACCUGCCCUCUCCUCCCCUCUUGACCAGUGCUCUCAGCGCAACAGAUUCUUCGCGUGGAACAAGAAAAGCCAUAUGGUCGCCUCCUGAUCCAGCCGGGGCCCAGAUUCCACCGAGGUUAGAGUCCAUUUACAAAGCUGCCAGGAAACCGGCCACUUCUAGUAAACCACGUUGUGGCUCACUGGGUCCUGCUUACUUCAUUUCUGAAUGUGCAUUUCCAGCCUUCUUGCUCUCAGAGCUAUUGUUCAAGCAGAAAACAAGCUGCUUUUAUUACAGUAUGAUGUCAUGA